AUGGAAGCAACACAACAGGCACCAUCGGCAUCGUCGGAAUCAAUCGGCCGAAAUGGCGAGUCAAGACGGAAGCCCAAUCUGACUCAACAGCAGAGCUCAGCGGCUCAAGCAGCAUCAUCACUCGCAUUGUUGCUUCGCGAAGAUCCAUUCUUGACAAAACUGGAUAUGCAUGUUUCUGCAAAAGGUGAUGAAACCUCAUUUGCUUAUGCCGCAUCCCUUCUCGAGACGAGUGAUUCUAGGAGCCACCAGCAGUGUGCUGAAGAUGCGUUGGGUGAGGUUGGCCGUAAGCUCGCUCUGGUUGAGUCAUUGGCAGAACGAGUCUCGAGAACGAGUCCAGAAGCUGUUGCUGCUCCCUUGCUGCGUCUUCAUGGUCAUGUUAUCGAGGAAGAAGCUGAAGAAGAUGGAAAUGAACGCUCUACAAGUGAUUCAGGAACAUCGACUCUAGUGGCUACGCGUGAGAGAUGUGAUCGAUUGAAACGACAAGCUGAAGUGUUGGAAGGUGUCGCAACGCGAGUGGAAUCUUCGCUCGGCAGGGGUCUGUCCCGAAUGGAGAAAGCAACAAAUCGGUUGUCAUGUGUUCUUCAACUUUCUGCAACGCUGAAGAUGACUCUUCGUCUACAAUUCGAGGCAUCAAAGUUGGAGGGAUUCUAUUUGGAUGACCUCAGAGAUUUGACUCGGGCGGCAGCUUCGGUAGCAGUUAUCGAGGACUUGUUGUCAAAACCUGAACUAAGCAAGGGGCACAAGAUUGAUAUUGUGGAGGCAAUCCGUCCACAGGCUGAAAAGACUGCAGCUGCUGUGCGAAAAGCUGCAGAAGCUCUAUUAGCCGAGCAUCAUACAAGUGACAGCGCUUCAUCUACCGGAGCGGUCAUUAAGCUUGGGGCCACGCUUCAAGUCUAUUUCCAUCUUGGAGAGCUUCCACAAGCAGCAUGGACGGCUAUUAAUCAUGCCCUUUCUAAAGCAGGAAAAGCUACAAGCGAGUUCUUGUCUCCUACAACUCUUUCACGCCUCAAUGACACAGCAACAACAGAAGCAAAAUUAGCAACCAGUGGUUCGAGCAAGAAGCUUUCGGACGCGAAUGUGCAACGAGCAUUGAAAAAGAAGCUUACGGAGCUGCGUGCCGAAGCAGCGAAUAAGUGGGCCACCGAGAUUUCCGAGAGUGCAAUGCAUGCAUGGAAUCUUCAUCAGGUUCUCUGCCGCAAAUCUGAUCCAGUAUCUCGUCAGUUGUUUGUUGAUGUUGUAUCUGCUGCUCCACUGCCUGAGAAAUUUCAUCAAGUGAACAGCAAAGAAGGCGAUUUCAGUAUCUUUUCGGUUUUUUGGGGCUACCUUUGCCAAAAGAUGGGAGAUAGGCUGAAACAUGUGUUGGAGUACGAGAAUGGAAAAUUUGCCAAGGAUGUGUCAGCACUGUACCCCACUGUCCGCUCGGCGUCUAUUAAGAUGCUUGCCUCAAUAAAUGAUACCAUGCAGGCUGGGCUGGGUGCAGUAUCGCUUGAAGACCCUACUUCAACAUCUUCGAAUGGGGUUCUUGGAGGGUCUGCAGGUCUAGAUGACACUUUCUUGAAGUGGAGCACUAUGUCAGAGUCUCAUCAAGGCCGUGGUCACGGCCCUGUCAGCGCUGAUACAUGGACGACAUCCAAAAUAAUGACAGGUGAUGUCGAUCGCUCCACAAAUUUCAAGACGUCAGGCAUUACCAUGUCAAUGUCAGCAGUCUUCAAUUCUAGCGAAUGGAUGACACUUCAAGGUAGCCAUGAAUCCAGCAGUGGACUUUUCAGACUGCAGCAGGCAUUUCUAGAGACAUCUAGCCAGCGCCUUUGCGCUCCUCUUCAGUACAUGUUUCCAGACAACGUGACAGUAGAUGAGAUGGGCAAUGCAAUUUCACACCUCCCACUUCUUCCAUCGCGCCACGAUGUCCAAAAGUUCGAUAUUAAUAUUCGACAAGAACUCUCCUUGGCUGAUCCAAGAGAAGGAGGCGGCGACUUGUCUUCGGUAUCAAUGAUCGCUGAAAACGUCAUCAACAUGAUUUCUCAAUUCUGCGAGCAAGCGAAGAACGGCAUCAGCCACGUGGGCGAAGAUGGGCUCAUCAAUGCAAGUGAUGACACACCCAGCGAAGCUUUGUUGCAUGACAUGAAGGUAUCAAAGAUCAUGAGUGCUAUGGCAAAAUCGCUCCGAACUGCACCAGAAAAAGUCUUCCUCGAGCCCUACCGCCCAGCUGUUACGUCGAAACUGGAGGAUGCCGCCAGCAUUUGUGAGCAAGCUCUUAGACCUGGCUUACUCGAAAUCGAAAAGUUUGUCAAGAAGAACAUUCUUGGUCCCCUUUCCAGAGUCCUCAAUAGGCGAAUUGCCGAAGCCAUAGGAAGAAUGCACUACGGUUCCUAUCUUCACUCUGAUACAAGCGACCCAGAUGCUCCGUCCUUUGUUCAAAAGCACCUUUCAGGUUUGUUCGAUAGACUGGCCAUUCUACAUCUAUCGAAGUUGCCACCUGAAUAUGCAUGUGUAGUGGCUUCAACAGUCGCUACCUACGCUUUGUACAACUUUGUUUCGAACGCUGCUCUAAUUAGACCACUAGGGGAAGCUGCGAAACUGAAUGUUACACAAGAUUUAGCAGACUUUGAAUUGGCCUUGGAACAAUUCAUUGUCAAGAGUGGAAGCUCAGAACAUCUCAGUGAAAUUGGUAACGGUAAACCUUACGCGGAACUACGGGCAAUGCGCAACAUGCUCUUUUGGACUGGUUUGGAAGAUACUAGCAGAUCUUCCACUAUCAUUGCCAAGUCUCUUUUGCGAGAGGUCUGGAUCAAGGAUGUUCGACCUUCGACUGUGUUCCAUUUCCUCUUCUCGUUUGCACCAAGCUUGCUUUCUUCACCCCAUCAUUUCAAGAAAGUCAAGGCUGAAGACUACGCACGAUCAUUGCAGUCUUUGUCUGGUGAAAUUGAAGAGGGGGAAGCGUCAGCAUGGAUGACAACAAUGGCAUGUUGCGAUUCGUACAAGCAACGCGAAAGUGCUCAGGCGACUGGUGAAGGUGAUGCACGCAUUGCCUCAAUAUUGAUCUCAUUGGGACCGGAAUUGUUGAGACGUCGUAGACCCUGA